AUGGACAGAGAAAGGGUGAAUGUGAUGCUGGACCCUGAGACGGCAAGCCCCUACCUGAUGCUCUCCAAGGACCACAAAACCAUGUGGCUGGAAGCUGGACAGCAGAACCUCCGUGACACCCCCAAGAGAUUCACAGGGAGCCCCAGCGUCCUGGGCUCUCUGGGGUUCACAUCUGGGAGGCAUUACUGGGAGGUGGAGGUAGGGGAUGGGGACAGCUGGGCCGUGGGGGUGGCCGUGGAGUCUGUGCGGAGGAAGGACGCGCUCAGCACAGCCAUGGAGAAGAUCUGGGCCCUGCGGCUGGACUGGGAUCGCCGGUACACGGCGCUCCACAUGACUCCCACCCCAGUGGCACUGGCGGAAGGGCCCCGGCGGGUCAGGGUACACCUGGACUAUGAAGGGGGCCAAGUGACAUUCUACAAUGCAGAGAACAUGACACACAUCUUGGAGUUCAAGGCCACCUUCACCGAGAAGGUCUUCCCAUACUUUUGGCUCUGGUCACAAGAAACCAAGAUCCGGCUGUGUGCCUGA